UAAAAAUGGAAGAAAAUAAAGAAGAUUUUGGUAAAGUGUCUUUCGAAGUAGCCCUAGAUAAAGCUGGAUUCGGGCUAUACAGUUACAUCAACACAAUAUGUUCCGGCGUGGCCAUCAUCUCCAUGGCGUGUUUGGCGUACGGCGCCACCAUCCUAGUUCCAGCCAGCGCCUGUGAGUUGCAGACUACACGAGCGCAACAGGGGCUGCUUGUAGCAGCUCCGGUCGUAGGGUUGAUCAUAGGCGCCACCUUAUGGGGCUACCUGGGUGACACGCGCGGCCGGCGUAAAAUGCUGCUCGUCUCACUUCUAUCCUCGGCUGUUCUCAAUGCUCUGAGCAGUAUUUCCGUCAACUGGGUCAUGCUGAUGGUAUUGCAAUUCUUCACUGCAUUGCUGGCAGCAGCGAAGUACACCUUGUCGAUGACCCUGCUAAGCGAGUGUGUACCGAUGGCGAAGCGCAAUCUCGUGGUGCUCAUGGUGUCCAGUAUCUUCCUGCUGUCCCAAGGGAUAAUGGCAGUGCUAGCUAUUCCCGUGAUCCCUCUCACAUUUUCCCACUACCUCCCCACCCUGGACAUCUACUGGAACUCCUGGCGCACCCUGGUGGUGGUCUACUCCAUCCCGAGCCUGCUCUGCGCCUGCGUACUGUACUUCAUGCAGGAGAGCCCCAAGUUUGUACUGGUCAGGGGAGAUGAGCGCCAAGCUCUGGAGAUCUUGAAGACGAUUCAGAGGGUUAAUCUAGGAAAGAAGGCAGCAUUUGAUGUGUCAGGUUUAUUUCCUGAAUCAUCAGUCCUGACGUCAAAACUGUCGGCUAAGGACCAAAUAGUGCCGCUGUUCAAAGCGCCUUUGCUUAAGCACACCAUAAUCCUGGCGCUUCUCUUCAUGUUCCAACUGUCUGGUUCCUUCCUCGCUUGGUUGCCCUCGAUAGCCAACCGGGUCAUAUGGAUGUACGAAGCUGGAGAAGUGGAGGAUCUGACGCUCUGUGGCAUCCUGCGGGCUGACCUCAACAUGCCUGGUGACCCUAAUGCCACACCAUGUGCGCUGAACGUCACGUCUCUCCUGAUUGUGCUUCUAGUUGGCGCUGUGCAGUCUAUCUUAAACCUGUUCCUUACUAUAGUGGUAGUGAAUCGCGCCGGCCGCAGAAACACCGGGAUGGUCCUUGCCGCCGUGGCUGGACUUGGUGGUGUCCUGGUCAACCUAGUCUCCAAUACGAUUGGGACGUCAGUCCUCUUCGGGCUGUUCCUCAUGGGCAUAAUAGCCCAGGGGCUGUACACCGCCAUCGCUGUCACUAUCUUUCCUACUCAUUUGAGGGCGAUGGCAGUAGCCCUCACGAUGACUGCCGGCCGCAUCACCAGCUUCGCUGGCAUCCAAAUCGCCAAUUACCUCUUGGGUACCAAUUGCGAACUGGGGUUCUAUUUGUACGGUACCAUCUUCGCUUCAUCAGCGAUCGUGGCAUCGUUUCUCCCCGAUGAUCGAUUAUUGCGGAACCCACAGCGGCCUCCCAAGGAACAAGAAUGA